UCGCUGUCUGAACGAACGCUGACGUCAGUGACUUGAUUAUUUUUCAGACAAAAUCAACUAAGCGGCGAGCUAGUUUUAUAUAAUUUGUACAUAAAUAAAAUAACUAGUGUUUCAUAAUAUAAGUUUUUUGAUUCUUUGUUAAAAUGGCAUCGGCGCCUGAGACUAAAACGAUAGAAACGGAGACUGCUACACCUAAUUCUAGUUUCAUAUAUGAAAUUUUAUAUAGUCCGGUAAAUUUGCUGUUAACUGUGAUUAUUGUUGUAUUGGUGUAUAAAAUAUUUAGAAGCAAGUUCGGAAAAGUGUACGUGGAACCACCGACGCCGGAGCUUCCAAAAAUUAGAAAAGACAUGACAGUAGCAGAACUGCGGCAAUACGACGGCACACAGACCGAUGGUCGGGUUCUGGUGGCGGUAAACGGGUGGAUAUUCGAUGUGACGCGAGGACGCCGCUUCUACGGACCCGGUGGUCCAUAUGCAGUUUUUGGGGGGAAAGAUGCAUCACGAGGCUUAGCUACGUUCUCUGUGACAUCGACAGAUAAAGAGUAUGAUGACCUCAGUGACCUUAAUUCUAUGCAGAUGGAAUCUGUUAAGGAGUGGGAAGCUCAAUUUAGAGAGAAAUAUGACCUCGUGGGUAGAUUACUUAAACCUGGAGAAGAGCCGACGAACUAUUCAGACGAGGAGCCAGAGGAAACCGACAAUUCAACCAGCAGUCCCGACGACAAGAAAGACCAAUAAACUUAACCGGCAGUGACUAUCGAUGGGUUAACCAAACAAAUAUGACUGUUAUUGCAAUUUGUAAAUCAUACAAUUUUUACUUACAAGAUUUCAAAGUUAC